AGGCUGCUGGACGUGUGUUGCGAGCGAGGAAAACAGAUCCGAAACGAGUGCGGAAAGUGGGCCAAAAUACAUAGGGUGGCACGAAAACAGAAAAAAGAGGAUACCUAAAUUAAUAUUCCCAUUCAAGACAUAGAAAAUUCCGAUUUUCCUUAAAACUGUUUUAAAACGUCUGUAUCGGUUGUCCGGAAGGGUCGAGCCAAAACGCUAACAUAAUUCUCAAAAACGUCGAUAGCUACAUAUUUGCAUUUGGUUGCUAAAAAAUGCAUUGCCGUAAAAUUAGCAAUUAAGAAAAAGAGCAAAUACCAUCAUCAUGAAAAAGUGAACUAAGUACCGCCACUUUUUGUUUGUAUUAACCUGCUUAAGAAAAAAAGGGAUAUCGUUACAACUUCCUGUUGUGUUAAAUAGUAAAAAACGGACACACUUUGACACUUCAAAAAUAAAGUGGUGAUAAAAAACCCAACAUACCAAAAUAACAAAAAUCUAUACCACAAUAUAUGCCCAUUGAGUGCCUUAUAUCAUUCGAUCAUAAUUCACAAGGUGUCUACUAUGCCGGACAGGAGUUAUCAGGCGUUGUUGAUCUUAUUGUCGACACAACGAAGCGGAUUAAAGGAAUCCAUGUUACUGUCAGUGGGUUUGCCAAGAUACGCUGGAUAAAAAAGGGAUAUCCGCGCGAAAGUGAACGCGCCAUGUGCCGAGCGUACAGAUCUUAUUUGUCAUCGCGAUCUUACGUGCUCGGAUCCUGUGCAAGCAACUCAAAAAUUGACUGGACGGCCGGCGAGUACUCUUACACCUUUCAUGUCAUCCUGCCCGAUAAUCUCCCUACUUCCUUUGACGGUAAAUACGGCCAGAUUCACUACGAGAUAAUAACGACUAUUGAGCGAUGUGGCCGGUAUCCAAAGGUUUUUAAGCGGCCUUUUACUGUUAUACAACCUUUGGACCUGAACGCCGAUGCCAUUUACAGAGUACCAUUAGAGAUCCUCAACCGGAAACGCUUUUGGAGCUUCUGUUGCCCCACUGGUCCGUUAACAGUAAAGUUUUCGACACCAUACUGUGGAUAUGCGCCCGGACAAAAAAUAAACUUUGUGCUUUACGUCAACAACGAGUCUUCAAUAGACAUUACAGAGUGUCUGGUGAAACUAAAGCAGGAGGUCAGCUACGAGUCGCACGAUCCUCAUCACGAAUACCGCUACGAUAAACAUCUAAUCGCCAGUAAGCAGUUCGGAAACGUUCUCCGAUGGUCCAGAAAGGUGUACAGAGGUUACCUGGACCUGCCGUCGCUUCCGCCGACGUCUGUGAAGCCUACAUGCCCCAUUAAUGUUAACUAUUCCAUUAAGAUUAUUGUAAACCCCACGGAGUUUCACUGGAAGCUUAAGCUGAAGAUUCCAUUGACCAUAGGAAGCAUUCCAAUAAUGGAUGGCCCUGAGGCCUUGAUGCGAUUUAAUCGCCAGCUGCAACAGCACCAAGUAGUUAGUCAAAAUUUACAAAUUUCGACGCAGCAUAGACAGCGCCAAAGCGAUUGCGAACAGAGUUGGAACAGAGAGGGAGAUUUAGGCAGGCAUCGGAACCGGAUAAGUGCCUCAGGUCAGCAGCAACGACUUAGUAGCAUUACCAGUACCAACAGUAACAACAAUCAUGGACGCUCUGUGGGUGGCCUACUGCCGACCAAUACCCAUAUAAAUAUUAUAACGAAUGCCAGUCCCACGCCCACUAUCUCCACACUCUCAUUAACGGCCACUACUGCCGCGCUAAGACCAGAUAUAUUGGUGAACAAUGAUGGCGAUAGUCCCCCGGACUAUGUACCUAUGGUGCCCCCCUCAUAUGAAGAUGCAAUGGCUCUCAGUGAAAAGUUGAGCGACGAUAUUGAGUUCUUUACGAACGUUAGCAUGAGCAGCGUUAUGACAGCUCAGGCUGAUGUUACCACAAGUGAGCCCUUUAAGCCGCAUUAUCCGGUCUAUUACGAUUACGAGACACCGACCAUACCGCCCGAGACGCUCUUUGAAGAGUCCAGCUCCCAGUUGCGGCUUACCCUCACCGGUCAGGAUUCGUCUACGGCGACACCGGUAAUGCAAGAUGGAGAGGACGCCACCACGACACCAGAGGAAGAAUCCUUUACUUCUAAAAAAAUAUGAAACGGCGCUGGACUCACAGACGCUUCUGGAGCCGAAACAUUAAAAGUUAAACAGCCCAAAUGACAGUUAGAUUUACUAUUAAUCAAAAUAUAAUAUAAACUGCUAUAUAUAAUCUGAAGUCUGAGCUGGACAAAGAAUUGGCAAUAAAA